GUCAAGUUCGGAAGAAAAUGAGUCUUCCGGCGAACACACUGAGGCCAACCCAACUCUCUCAGUCUCCCAAAGCACCGCCUCUGCCCCAGCUGCCAUCUCCCUCAACUCAACCCUCUUUUCCCAAUCAACCUCCUCCUAAGAGCCGCUCCCUUUCUCACUCUCAAUGGCCCUCCCAAAGACCCAGCGAGCCAGUUGUCAAAUGGACCUCUUCCAUAGCCAGUCUCUGCCGAAACGGCCGAUUGGCUGAAGCUGCUCUACAGUUUUCUCGGAUGAGAUUGGCCGGGGUCGAACCUAAUCACAUCACAUUCAUCACGCUUUUCUCUGGCUGUGCUCAUUUUCCUCGCAAGAGUUUGUCGUUUGGUGCUUCCGUUCAUGGCUAUACUUGUAAGCUGGGGUUGGACUCUGGUCAUGUGAUGGUGGGAACGGCGAUUGUAGAUAUGUACGCCAAGUGCGGUCUAGUUGAUUUCGCUAGAGUCGUUUUCGAUGGGCUGACAAUGAAGAAUUCUGUGUCUUGGAAUACUAUGAUUGAUGGAUAUAUGAGAAAUGGGAAAGUGGAAAGUGCGGUUGAGUUGUUUGAUGAAAUGCCUGAGAGAGAUAGGAUUUCAUGGACUGCUUUGAUUGGCGGAUUUGCCAAAAGGGGUCUUUCAGAGGAAGCCUUGCAGUGGUUUCGUGAGAUGCAGGUCUCUGGUGUUGAACCAGAUUAUGUGACCAUGAUCUCUGUUCUUGCUGCUUGCGCUGAUUUGGGAACCGUUGGUUUAGGCUUAUGGAUGAAUAGAUAUAUAAUAAAUCGUGAAUUUAAGGAUAAUAUCAAGAUUAGCAACUCGAUGAUCGAUAUGUAUUCUCGGUGUGGAUGCAUUGAAUUUGCUUGGCAAGUGUUUGAGAAAAUGCCUCAAAGAACAUUGGUGUCAUGGAACUCAAUAAUAAUUGGAUUUGCCAUUAAUGGGCAUGCUGAGGAAGCUCUCGAGUUCUUCAAUUUAAUGCUGAAGGAAGGGUUCAAGCCUGAUGGAGUUAGCUUCACUGGAGCUCUAACUGCAUGCAGCCAUGCAGGGUUAGUUGACGAAGGGCUCAUGCUCUUCGAAAAUAUGAAAAGAGUUCAUGGAAUUAGCCAUAGGAUUGAGCAUUACGGGUGCCUAGUAGAUCUCUACAGUCGAGCUGGGAGAUUAGAAGACGCUCUAAUUGUGAUAGAAACUAUGCCAAUGAAACCAAAUGAAGUUGUUGUGGGAUCAUUGCUGGCUGCUUGUAGAACUCAUGGUGAUAUCUCAUUAGCAGAAAGAUUAAUGAAUUACCUUAACGAGUUGGAUCCCGGAGGUGACUCUAACUAUGUGCUCCUAGCAAACAUAUAUGCCGCGGUUGGAAAAUGGGACGGUGCGGGCAAGGUUAGGAAGAUAAUGAAGGCUCGGGGAAUACAGAAGACGCCGGGAUUUAGUUCCAUUGAAGUCGAUUGUAACCUUCAUGAAUUUGUAUCUGGUGACCACUCCCAUGUUGAAGCAGAGUGUAUAUAUUCAAUGCUUGAACUUCUUUCGUUUGAACUAAAAGCAUCUGGCUACGUUGCAGAGAACAUUUUUAGCCCUGAAUCGUACGAGGACGAUUGAAGCAUUUUUUUUUUUUGUAUGGAAUACACUUAUCACCAGCAUGAACAAACAAUGAAUUGUGAAGAAAAUUUGUGUUGACGAGAGAGGUCAAAAGGAGUAGCUUCAUCAUUGUUCAGAAGAGGGGAAAUCCCAGAGACAUGGCCAAUCAAAUGUGUAAUACUUUGGUGCUCUGAGUUUUGAUCAAAAAAUAGAGAAACGAAACCUUGAUACACUGUUUUAAGUCUCUAUUUAGGUAUGUAUGUUUAUAGGUUUUGUUACAGCUGGAAGGAAAACAUCAAUUGAAUGGAGAAAAACAUACAAAUGAUACUGACAUGAUUGAAUUUUUCAUUUGA